GCUGUUGAAAACAAGUGCCGCCAGUGCAAAUUGGAAAGCCAAGCUGCUCUCCCCGAGCGGCUGAGUCAACAAACAUGGCGUCGCAAGUGACAGGAAGGUCUGCGACGCUCCUGCGUGUUUUGGUCCUUAGCGGCGCCUUCCUCCUCGCUGCGGGGGAGCGAGUGAAGAACAAGAUCUACGAUGAGAUCCAGGGCGACAUGCCGUGCUUUAAGAGGUUCAACGGCACGCAUGAGAUCGGGUGCACGUCUAAGUUCUUCGGGAACACGGGAGUCCUACAUGUCAUCGAGGAGAAGGCCGAUUUCGACUGGGUGUACGAGCACGGGCCCCACCAGCCCUACGUCCUGGCCUUCACGCCUCUGUUCCUGACGGAGGCAGUGCUGGAACGGGCCAGGGACUCGGGGAAGGUGUCGGGGGUGGUGGUGGUGGUGCCCGAGGACUUCGACCCCGAGACGCAGCUCCUGGACGGCUUCUCAGGGGAGACGGAGUGCCCCGAUGACUACCUGGGCCUCUACAGCGCCUCAAGCAACCCCGACUACGCUGGCUACUGCAGGAGAAAGCCCUGGAACCCCAACGGAACAUCUAUGCUCUACACCUCCUGGGAAUUCCCCAUCUUCCUCAUUACCAACCAGACCUCAGUUGACAAUAUUCAUAGUUGUUUCGAAAAAUUUAACAAGCCUGUGAAUGGAAUGCCCAGGGAUUGGCCUUUGUGUUCCAUGGAACUGAAAUCCAACAUGUUUGGCACAACCAAUUCGGAAGUCUGCAUGAGGCGGGCUUCCAUAGGGCCCUUAAGCACAGACAAUUUCUGUGAUCCACUGUAUGACUAUAACAUUUGGGGUACACUGAAACCCAUGAAUAUAAGUGAAGAAAUCCCCGAGAAGUCUGUUAUUAUAGUAGCAGCAAGAAUGGAUGCGGCAACAAUGUUUGACAACAUUUCUCCAGGUGCAAACUCUGCAGUAUCAGGAAUCGUCACCUUGAUGUCAGCUGCUGCGGCAAUAUUUAAGCACAAGGAGGAGAUAAUCAAUGCGAGUAACAAGAACAUACUCUUCAUUCUUUUCCAGGGCGAGACUUGGGGUUACAUUGGGUCCUCACGUGUAGUUUGGGACAUGGAGCAGGGGCAGUUUCCCUACAAAGUUAAAGAUGAUGUUAAAGAUCAGAUUGCGCAGAUCAACCUCACCCACAUUGACUACUUCAUAGAGCUGGAGCAAGUGGGACAGGCAAUGGCAUCAUCACAGCUGUACUUGCACACGGAUCCCAUUUCCAAUGCCAAUUCCGAAGUAAGGGAAGAAACUGACAACCUGCUUGAAGUCUUUAAGAAUGCUUCAGAUUUAGUUGAGAAACUUAACUUAAUUACUGUCAAUAAGGAAUUUCCCCUCCCACCUUCUUCAAUCCAGAGUUUCUUGAAACGAGUAAACAUCUCGGGAGUUGUCAUUACAGAUCAUGAAGGUGAGUUUAAAAACCCAUAUUAUGAGAGCUUCCUUGAUAAUUAUCGCAAUGUCAAGUACGAGGCAUACAGUGACACAGAUCUUUACCAUAAGCACAUCACAAAUGUUGCCAGUUUAUUGGCCACAGCUAUCUACAGAUUGGCUACUAAUACCACUAAGAAGAUCGAAGCUGAUCCAGAACUUACAAACGAGCUCUUAUAUUGCUACAUGAAAAACAUGACCUGUAACCUUGUCCAGGAAAAUGGAGGAGAUAUGGCAAAGUACAUGGAACCCAAACCUGCCAAGCUGUAUGUGAGUGUGGAGAAUGGGGAAAGGGAGAGGUCUUAUGUCACAAUGUACUUGAUGGCUUGGCUUCUGGGAGAUGAGGUAAAGCGAGAUCAACAGGAUUGCAAGAUUGAAAGCAUUUACAACAUGAGUCAAUUUUACUACUAUCCCCGCAUAGGCAAUGGAACAUGUGUGCAGUCCACUGUGAGGAUGACUGAUGCCAUGAGUCCUGCCUUCCUCAUAGAUGACUAUGACUGGAAAUCCGGCGAGUAUUCAACCUGGACUGAGAGUGGAUGGAAGUUGACUAAGGUCAUGAUUUUCCUGCGGCCCUCUGUCUUAGAGGAAGUUGCUGUGGUGUGUGGAGGUGUGGUAUCUUUAGUACUCUCAGUGAUUGUUGUUCAUUUCAUGAACUCGCGUGCUGAUCUACUGUUUGGCUUAUCAACACCACCUGCAGCUUGUUAAAACUGUGAUAAAUUAUGUUCCUAUAUACAUAUGUAUAUACAUAUGUAUGUAUAUAUAUAUGUAUAUAUAUGUAUGUAGGUUAUUAUGGAUAAUGAAACUAUUGUGAGACUACAAUGAACUGCGUGAGAAAUUUUUUAAAUGCUUUUUUUGUUUGUCAUAACUUGGAUGAUGAGGAAAACUGUCCUUUACAUGAUAGGUUGUAAAUCAUGUGAGCAAAUAACCUCUUGUAAAUACGUCAUAUCAUGAUACAUUAUAAGGUUUCAGCUUGGAAUUCAUACUGAGAGUUGAUGACAAAUUGUGGGAGUAUUGGUCAAUCUUCAAAUUGCACAUAAUCCCCCCCCCCCCCCCCUUUAAGAUGUGAGUAUUUACUUAUUUUGUAACUAUCAGUUUUCAUAUUUUGCUUGUAUGGAAAGCCCCCCUCUUCUCUCUUUCCAAUUUAAAGACUAUCAGGAAAUUUUAAUGGAAUAGCUUAAUAUGAAAAGAUUCUCGUAUGAUUUCUUUGUUACCUGCUCUAUAUUUAUUCAUCAGUUUCUUGUCUGUGUUUUAUGAAUCAAAGCACAAACAUUAUUCCAUUCACAUGCCAUAUAUGAUAGACAUUUGUCAAGAAAUUGAAAUUGAAAACUUACAGAAUAUAAAACAAUUAUUGAAAAUUAAGAUACAGUUGACAUUGAAUUUUCUGUGAGAUAGCAGUUUCAGAGUAGAGUAUUGUAUUAAAUAGAGGUUUUGUUUUAAUAAUUGAUUGACUGUCUUUUGUUUAGUAAACAGACUUUAUCCGUCUGUAUUAUUAAACUUUUUUUUUUUGAGAAUGUGCAGAAGUUGAGUGAAAAAGAGAUUGAAACAGGAUCAGGGAAUAGGAUAUAUUUAUCAUAUCUCAUUGUGCCCCAUAAUGUCUGUCAUGUUCUCUGUCAUUUCUUUUCCCCCUCCCACUAUGGGAGUCAGUGAUUGGUGGUAUUAUAGUCAUAUAUUGGAAUUCAUAAGCUUUAUUGCUAGCACUGAUUUACUGUGAGGAAAAACUAGAGCAGAUAAUUAUUUAUGAUUAUGGUAAUCAGAAUAGUUAUUUAUACUACAAUUUGUUGUGAUGAGUCACUUAUUAUUUAUGACUUAUUAUGCAUAUAACUUGUGUAAGAAAUUGGUUAAAGGUAUACAUAAAGUGGUAGAAAAUUAUCCUCCUCAUCAUAUGUAUUUAUUUAUUUAUUUUAUUUUAUUUUAUUAUUAUUAUUUUUUUAUUUAUUUAAUUUUUUAUUUAUUUAUUUAUUUUUUUCCUAAAAAAUCUCUGGUGUUUCCAAUGUAACUAAUACAUUCCAUGCUUAUGUUGACUGAUGCAUUUGAUUUUUUGACAGGAUAUUUAACACAGGCUCAUGUAGUAUUGUUAAGCUAGAAUAAGGUCCCAGUAACGCUCAUUAUGUGCUUCCUAAUUUAGAAGUCACUAUGGUUCAGUGCAGGUCUUUGGUGGUCUGCAUAACUGCAUUUUAUAUAAGGAAGCAAUUUUAAAAUUCCCUAUAGUAAUGGUAUUAAUUUCAAAUUACAUAAGCGGGUGACUAAUACAUGGCACUUCUAGUGCUUGAGCUCUAACAAACUCAAGCUUGUAACAGUUUAGGAUGCAAAAUGUGAUUAUCAAUCUUGGACUGAACAUAUGAAGAAGAAAUAGUAUCUAGAUGAAUGAAAUGGAAUGUUUUAUUAUUAUUGUUUAUUAUUAUUAUUUAUUAUUAUUAUUUAUUCUUUUAUUUUUUAAUAUAAAUCACUGUUAUUAUAAUCAUUGUUAUUAUUAAUGUAAUUAAUCUUUUUUUUUAUUAUUUUGCCAUGAUUAAUUGUCCAUUGAAGUAAAUAGUGGAUGGUUAAACUGUAUUCGAAGUCAUGUUUUUUGUAUAUUUAGCUUUUAGAUUCUUUGUGCAGGCUAGAAUGAAGGAGGAAUCACUGCAUUUCACUGUCUGCCAGGCUCAGCCAAAGAUUGUGACUAAUUUUAUAAACAAAUAAAAAUGUGAUAAGUAGAUUUGUCUUGUAAGCUUUGUAAAUAAAUUUUUGUUUUUACAUAAA